AUGUCGGAUGCUAUUGUACCCAAGGGUCAACCUGUCCCGGGGGAUCCGGAAAAAAAAGGUUGGCUGUUUAAAUGGACUAAUUAUCUUAAGGGAUAUCAACGAAGAUGGUUCGUGUUGUCAAAUGGAUUAUUGUCGUACUACAGAAAUCAAGCAGAGAUGGCUCAUACAUGUCGUGGAACAAUAUCAUUAUUAGGUGCAUUGAUUCACACAGCUGACUCUUGUACAUUCGUCAUCAGUAAUGGUGGUACACAGACAUUCCACAUUAGAGCACAUGAUGAAGUGGAGAGACAAAGCUGGGUCACUGCACUGGAGCUAGCUAAAGCAAAAGCUAUUCGAGCACAAGAAUCUGAUGAUGAUGAAGACCAAAUGGCGACUGGUCCAGUAGCUGUUGGAGGAGGUGAAGGGGAAACUGAAGAUGCCGGCGGUAUUGCGAGGGAACUAGCAGCCCGUUUUCACGACUUGAGGACUUGUUCUGAAUUAGUUGCAAGACAUGGAGCAGCUCUUCAGAGGUCUCUUGUUGAUUUAGAAGUUCCACCCACUGAUACAACUAAACAAGUCUCCGAGAGGGCUACACUUUUUCGAAUAUCAUGCAAUGCUAUGAUGAAUGCCUGUUCGGAAUUCAUGAGCGCGGCGGCGGCUUCGAGCGCCCGCAUGAGCCGCGCCUUGCAGCACGAGCGCGAACAGAAGAUGCGCCUGCAGGAGGUGGUUGAACAGCUGGCGAGGCAGCAUGACACCCUCGAGAAGACCGUGACGGCCCGCAGCACUCCGCACGCGGGUUACAUUGGUGGGAACGGUUCUGGACAGGGUAACGAUACAGAGGAUGAGGACCAUGAAUUCUUCGAUGCAGUGGAAGAGGAUGUCACCGCUGCUAUGGAUGAUAAGAACUCAUUUGUAAUCAAAGUGCCUGUAAAUAGGAAAAAUAAAGUUAAGAGUGGUGAAAGCUCUGAUGAAUCUGAGGGUGAAACGGUGACAGAAACUCAACAGGUGAUAUUUGUAGAAGAUAAGGAGCGUGGAGAAAACAAUAUGGGUGGCACAGAAGCAAAUUCUGACAAUGAUGCUAAUAUCAAUAAACAAGCAGACAACAAGGAGCAAAAUAUUGUGAUAUGGCCUCACGUCUCACAAGUUCCUGUAAGCAUGGUGGACGGCCAUCCGCGACGCACGCGAGUCCCUGACAAACCCAACUAUCCUCUGAGUCUCUGGUCUAUUAUGAAAAACUGUAUAGGUAAGGAACUGUCGAAGAUUCCCAUCCCCGUCAAUUUUAGUGAGCCACUAUCCAUGUUGCAACGGCUCACGGAGGACUAUGAAUACUCUUCAAUAUUAGACCAAGCAGCUACAUUCACUGACCCAGCACAGCAGCUUGCAUAUGUUGCUGCUUUCACUGUGUCUUCUUACGCUACCACAGCUUGCAGAACUAACAAGCCUUUCAAUCCACUGCUUGGUGAAACUUACGAAUGCGAUCGAAUGGCGGACUUAGGCUGGAGAGCGAUAUCCGAACAGGUGUCACAUCAUCCCCCGAUGGUGGCCCAAUUCUGCGAGGGCCAGGCAGGAUGGCAGUGCUGGCAGGAGUUCACAAUGACUACCAAGUUCCGUGGCAAAUACCUCCAGGUUAUACCGCUCGGUGGCGCCUCGGCAAUGUUUCCCAGUUCAGGAAAUAAAUACACAUGGAGAAAGGUUACUACAACUGUACACAAUAUAAUUGUGGGUAAGCUGUGGGUUGACAACCAUGGUGAUAUGGACAUUAUUGGUGAAUCCGGUCCUGCAGCAGGCUAUGUUGCUCAUCUCAAAUAUCUGCCCUAUGGUUACUUCAGUAAAGACACUCAGAGAAAAGUAACAGGUGUUAUCAAGGAUCCACAGGGAGUUCCUCGCUACGUACUUCAGGGGCACUGGGAUGAUCGAGUAGAGGUGGCGGCGGUGACCAGCACGUCGGCUGACAACACUGUCUGCAAGACUGGCAAGUUCACCGUCGCAUGGCAACGGGUGCCGGCCCCACCGGACUCAGACAAGUGGUACAACUUCACCCUGCUGGCGGCCCAGCUGAACGAGCCGGAGGAGAGCGUGGCCCCGACGGACUCGCGGCGGCGCCCCGACCAGCGGCUGAUGGAGGAGGGCCUCUGGGACGACGCCAACACGGAGAAGCUGCGCCUAGAGGAGAAGCAGCGCGGCGCCCGCAGGGAGCUCGAGGCGGCGGCGGAGGCGGCGGCCGCCAGCGGAGCGCCGGCGCCUGCGCCCCCGAAGCCGCAGUGGUUCACGCGCGCGGCGGCGCCGGGCCACGCGCACCUCCGCCACCUCUACAACCACCGCUACUGGGAGUGCAAGCAGCGCGCCCACUGGCCCGACUGCCCAGACAUCUUC